AUGUGCAACCAAGAAUCAGGGACCGGGACGACGAGUCUUCGUCGGAUGAGUGCUCGCCUCGGAUGCCGGACACCCCGACACCGUCUGGGAAGACAUCCUGUGUUGGAUGUCAAAACUGAGGGGCUUGAAUGUCAAGCUUUGGAGUACGAGAGCAAACCAGAUCCUGUUUUGCAUUCGAAAAGUAGCAUAAGAAGACCAUCUCGACUGCGCCCAAUGCUGACAUGAAAUCCUAUGCCAGUAAAUCGAACGGUCUCUCGAUCUACAUGAUGCUGAAUAACAUACUUGGUAUCCUCAACUCGACAUUGUCUCUCUUUUAUCCCCUACUUGCCACAUUCAAGGCACUAAAAACGUCGAACACGGAGGAACUGAGAGAAUGGUUGAUGUACUGGUCCAUCCUUUCUACCGUGAUGUUCAUCGAGUCGCUUUCACAUUCCGUCUUAGAGCUGAUUCCGGUAUAUGCAUCGACGAGACUCGUCUUUAUCCUUUACCUUCUCCUUCCCAAGGCGAGGGGCCAUCGUCGGUUGUUUGAGUCAUUUCUACGGCCCCUGCUCGAUUCUCAAGAGAAGCCGAUCGAGAGCAUGCUUCGAUUUGCCGAUGAUGGAGUCCAGAAAGUGGGGUCCUUUUGCUUGCAACAAGCUUGGAAUUUGUUAGCUACUCAGUGGCGCAACAAGCAGGCCGACAAGAGUGGAUAAUAUGGACAAAGAAGCGACGGUACUAUAUGGUAGCCGCAGUCAGGGCUAACCUCAUCACAUUCUGAUUUACAUACUACUAGUACAGUGCCGAGUACUUGAAGCAUUGUAACAUUUAUUUACUUGUAUCCUAUAAUGCUUUCUUAUGGU